AUGAACAACGGAUCUGGACCUGAUCCAGAUGGAUCGCAGUUGCGAACAACCUGGCAUCCAGGGUAUAUAAGGAGGACUGAAGGCCCUAGAAAUCACAGUCAAUUCGACUUCGUCUUCUCAUCAACUACUACUUCAUUAACCAUGAAAUUCUUCGCUCUCUGCCUCGUCUUCGCCCUCGUCCUCGCCAUCUUCGCUGGAGUCUCUGAAGCCAAGCCACAACACGGAAAGGUCGCUAGACACGGACACGCUGUAGCCAAGGGACAUGGAGCCCACGCCGCCCCACACCGCAGAGCUGCUAAGCACGCUGCCAAGCACGCCAAGAAGGGAAAGAAGCAAGCUAGAAAGCCAAAGCAACACAGAAAGCCAAAGCACGCCAAGAAGGGAAAGAAGCAAGCCAGAAAGAUCCACCACUAA